CCCGCCGCGCGGCGGGCCACUGCGUCCCCGCGUCGCUGUGUAAGCGCAGGCCAGGGGACACCCGGAGGGGCUGAAGAUGAGGGUGCCCGCGCAUGGGCCCCCGCUGAUUGCCAACCCCUCCCGAGCCCGCGCCUCGCGCGGAGCCCGCGGCCGCCGAGGACCCGCCUUCGCCGCAGUAGCAGCUGGAGCUGCGACAGAGGCGGCAGCUGCGGCGGCGGCGGCGGCGGCGGCGGCGCCCAUCGCGCGAGCGCACAGAGCGGUGGCGGCAGCUUCGGGGCCGCCGCUGCCCCGGCUGCCAUGAGUUGUGCGGAGGUGAUGUAUCACCCCCAGCCGUAUGGAGCGCCCCAGUAUCUGCCCAACCCUGUGGCAGCUGCAACCUGCCCCACAGCCUGUUACCACCCGGCGCCCCAACCUGGCCAGCAGAAGAAGUUAGCGGUAUACAGCAAGAUGCAGGACUCUCUGGAAGUCACCCUUCCCAGCAAACAAGAGGAGGAGGAGGAGGAGGAGGAUGAGGAGGAGGAGGAGGAGGAGAAAGACCAGCCUGCCGAGAUGGAGUACCUUAACUCUCGCUGUGUCCUUUUCACUUAUUUCCAGGGAGACAUUGGGUCAGUAGUGGAUGAACACUUCUCAAGAGCUUUGGGCCAAGCCAGCACCCUCCAUCCAGAAUCUGCCAUUUCAAAAAGCAAGAUGGGGCUAACCCCCUUAUGGCGAGACAGCUCAGCUCUCUCCAGCCAGCGGAGUAGUUUCCCGACUUCCUUUUGGACCAGCUCUUACCAGCCCCCUCCUGCACCUUGUCUGGGGGGAGUUCAUCCCGACUUCCAGGUCACCGCGCCCCCCGGCACCUUUCCCGCCGCCGACCCCAGCCCCUGGGCAGGACACGGCCUGCAUCAGACUGGCCCAGCCCCUCCCCCGCCCGUGUCCGAGUCCUGGCACUACCCUCUGGCAUCUCAGGUGAGCCCAUCCUACAGCCACGUGCAUGACGUGUACCUGCGGCACCACCACCCGCACGCGCACAUGCACCACCGCCACCACCACCACCACCACCACCACCACCACCCUUCUGCCGGCUCUGCCCUGGAUCCGGCCUACGGGCCCCUGCUGAUGCCGUCAGUGCGCGCAGCCAGGAUUCCUGCUCCCCCGAGUGACGUCACAAAGACCGAUCCGACUACAGCCACCACUGCUACCUCAGCGUGGGCCGGAGCCUUUCACGGAACCGUGGACUUGGUGCCAAGUGUGGGGUUUGAUACAGGUCUACAGCAUCAAGACAAGAGCAAGGAAUCACCAUGGUACUGAAACACACAGUAUUAGCAGGUCAGGUUGGAGCGUGAACCCGUGGGCCCACUGGGAAAAGAUGCUGCCAGGGUUUGUCAUUCUGCAAGGGGACACAACACAGUAGACGCGGAAGGAGAAGAGGAAGUGUUAUCCAGCUGACUUUGGUUUGGAGCCUUUUCUUGAGAAAGUAGAGUGGGUCCUAGACAUUGAAGAAGAGCAUUUUUGUUUAUUUCUUCCCUCAUCUGAGCCUUUGCCAACUGUGCGACUCUCUUAUUUUUUGUCUUGCUUUUAUCAAUACAAGGUUUAAUUUUUGUUUCAGUUUGACUUUUAUUUUUUUCUUUUGGAACCAGUUACCUUGCCAGGAAAAGAUGAACCACGAAGAAAAUGCUCUUUCAGGAAUACAAUUUUGUAGUUCUAUGUGCAUCUAUUUUUGUAGAAAUACAGAAAGUUUGACUUAGCAUCGGUGGGCUAUUUUUGAGGGAUUUUUUUUUAAUAUUGUAAAAAUUGUUAAGUUCUGUUUAAAGAACUAGCUCUCAGAGAAGCACUGGCAAAAAUGUUUAAAAUGCUUGUGUUUAAGAUGUCUGUGAUAUGCUCUGUGCUUUCUAGGUUACCUCAAAUGUUUCUUAGUUUCUCCUUUUUACAAAAGUAGCACCAUAGCCAAGCCAGUAUAGUAUUGUUUUACAUUAAAUCUCAGAGAAGAUUAAACUCCAUGCUAGCUCACUUAGCUUUGAGGUACAUGUAUGGUUUGAAAAGGAAGUUUUAAAAUGACCACUCUAAAGAAAGCCUAUUUCAUUGCUUUGAUUUCUCCCAAAGAGUACUUAGAAGUUGACUAGGAAGAAAGUUUGCAUAAACUUUCAAUUAGAUGGAGCAUUUUCCUUGAGUAUAUAACCUUCCCAGUCCAUCCGACUUUGAUAAAUGGAAACAGAGUUUAUAUCCAACUACUGGAAAAAUGCAUUUAGCCAUGCUACCUUUGAGUGCCAGUGACUUUUCUCAUUUAUAAUUAUUCAUUCUUGGCAAUUUUUGCCAUAUUUUAAGUGAAUUUUUUUCCUGAAGAUAGUUUGAAGGGAAAACAUUUGGGAAGGUACUAGACACAUCACAGAGCCUUUAAUUCAAUGGCUGUUUCUGAGAGUGUUACCCAUCAUUGUCAAUUGAAAAAUAAUGUAUUGCAUAUAUAAUAUUUUAAACAUAGGUUUUUGUAAGUCUUUGUUUAAAUUUAGUUUUAGUUGAUUUAAUUCUUUUUAAGAAAAAAAAUUGGGGGCAAAAUAAAUUUAAAUUGGGAUUUAUACUACAAUUACUGAAAGUAGGUUAAUGAAUUGACAGUUUGCUGUUUGAAAUUUAUUAUUGAGAACUCAAGAUUCAACUUGAUAUGGCCCUUAGGAUCUAAAGAAGAAGUUGAGAUUAUCAUUAAGCUGCUGUUACAAAAGAUUAAGAUUAUAAAAAUAGCAGUUAUUGGUAUUUUAAGGACUUUCAAUGCAAAAUCUGGUCUUUCAGCUGUUUCCAGAGAUGGGUCAUGUUAAAAAAGUAGUGUUUCAUAGAAGUUUUAGUUUGGUUAAAAAAGAAAGUUUCUAUAUUUUUUCCCAUCCCCAUCCUCACCCAUGUGAAAUACAAUGUUUAGUGAAUCACCAUCUUCUAUCUUAAAUUGCAUAUCUCAUGUGUGUGAACAUUUUAGAUAUUAAGAACAAAACAAUCUCUGCUUGACUAUGCAGAGUUCUCACAGAUACUUUUCAGAUAUUUCCCUUAACUCUAUUUUUUAUGCAUAAGCCUUCUUUCCUGGUGCAUCCUAAGAGUUACAAACCUACAUACUCUGUUGUAUUGUCAUCACCACUUUGCUGCUUCUUUACCAGACUCCCCUUAACACAGUAUACACAUUUUUAUCUAAUGCGAGGUCCAAACUUAAGGUAUCUUUCACUUACUUAUGAUAUGAACUUAGAUUUCUAGAGAGUGGCUUGGUUAAAUUAUCUACAUUUUGAUCUGCAAUUUGAUUUGAUACAAUUGUUUGUAAUUUGCCCCAAUCUAUGGAGCACUGAGUUGAAUGACUCUAUAAAGUUGGUUUGAUUUUGUGUCUGCCUGAAUUUUCAAAGACAGGUGUUCAGUAGCUCCCGUGGAACGACUCACUAGGGAUUAUUUCCCCCUCUUCCUUUGGAAGCUCUCAAGUUCCUUUGUAGUUCCUCUUAGAACAGUGUUGUACUCCAUCUCAUUCAGAUCAUUCAAUUGGAUUUUCCCAAUUAUGAGGAGAAAAGCAUUAACUUUGUUCCUUCCUUACUCUCCACUGAAUUGAACUGAAGGAAAGAGAGCAGACCCUGAAUUUAGACUCUGCCCUGUGUCACUCCUGGUAAGUAUAUGCUGAAACAUUCCUUGGCUCUGGAGGCCCAAGAAAAGUUGGGGACCUGGGUUCUGCUGUACACAGGAGAGAUCUGUAAGUGAAUCCCCCAUGGAGAACAGGCCCAAGUGUUGUUGGCACAUUGCAAGGAUCAGAUCCUUGCAUAUACAAGGAGUGGAUCAAAAUCUCAGUAAAAAUGAAUGAGUGCUUGUCUGUAUAAUUGUCUGGCAUCCCAAUGUUAAGAUCGUAUUACCCUUACCACCAGAAGUCAUGAAAGAGGAUGAGUUGUAAUUUAGCAUGAUAUUCUGAAUUGAAGUUUAAAAUGCUACCACUCUCUGGGUCUGGUUUUCUCAUAUCAAAAUGAUGUUAUUCAACUUGGAGGCUUCCAGACUGCUUUAUUUGAGGGCUACCAUCUCCCUCCCCAGUUUCAUUUGGAACCACUCCACCUUCGGUUAUUCUACAAGUCAGACUUUAUUCAAGGUUUCUAAAGAUCUGUGAGGGAGCUAGACCCUAGAAAAUCAUCUCAUUUAUUUGACAUCUAAUCUAUGCUUUGACCAAUAAAUUAUCAUGAGCUAAGAAACAACAAGAUAAUGACAAAUUCAUUCCUAACAGCUUAUUUGGUUCCUCAUUGUUUAUUUGAAAAGCACCUCUAAAUGUUUAAAAACCAAUGUUUCUUCUUAAGAAGGUUAACCAUCCUUCCUAAAUUUCUCCUUUAAUUUUUCUCCUUUCUUUUUCCUUUUAAGAUUAUUUACAUUAUUAUUUUGAGCAAAUGGGGCAGGAUCAUUCUACAUUUUGCAAAUGAGAACAAGUGAAUUGCAAAUAAUCGAGGAAUUAGUUUCUUUAAUGUUAUAACAUACUUUAAAAAAAACAAAUUCUAGACACUGGCAUAAAACAUGUCUUUGAGGAACUCGUUAUUCAUUAUGCAAAUAGCAAUCAGAGACUAUGUUUCAAGAGACUGUUCUAUCCUUGAGUGUCUCUUGGUUACCUUAUGUUUGCCAAAUUAAGUCAUUGGGGCAGUGGCACUAAGUGAUGGGAAAGGAAAGUAUUUAUGUUAGAGCUCUGACGGCGGGGUGAAUAGAGAGGCAGAAUGAAUUAAUGGAAAAGAACAUCGGCUUGGACAUUAGGUCAUUUUCUGAACUCUGGCUUAGUCACAAUUAGAUGUAUGUUCUGAGGCUUCAUUUAUCUCAUGAGUAUGGUAGGAUAAUAAUACCUAACUGGCAGGCUGGGAAGGUUGGAAAUCAUAUAUAUAGAUGCUCAAUCAUCUGGCUCAUAGUAGGUGUUCAGUAAAUGACAGAUGCCACAUUUAUCUCUCAACUGAGAAGUAGAUCAUAAAAUUGAACUCCCAAACAUCCCUUCUUUUUAUUUUCCAUACCCAUUUCUGCAGCAAUCCAAUAGAUAUAUGACUGUGCUUUUCUGCAAGAAAUUGUUACAAGAGAAACUUUGCCUUCUACUAUGUGUUGAAGAUCAAAUGUAAAUUUCUUAAUUAUCUCUGAUAUUUUAGUGUGCUGUUGAUGAAGGAAAGAAAAUUAUGGUAUGUAGGUCCAACUCCUAGUUUUCUUACAUAUUCUAAAAUUUAUUCAUCCAGGCCCCUGUGUAUUAUUUUUUCUCCAAAAUUAAAGCAAAAGUUUCAUGAAAUCACCACAGUUUUUAUUUUUUUAGUUAUAUUUUGGGCUUCUUAGCACCUCAAAUGAAAACAUCUCUUUUGAAGUUAUCCUAUUUUUUUAACUUGCUUUGGAGGAAAAAUUGCAAAAUAUUGUGGAAAAAAAUUUUCCGCAUGAAAAGGGGAGAAAAAAAAAAACCUUUACAAUCUCAGUCAGCAGAUUUAUUCUACUUGAGAAAAAAAGAAACAACUUCAUUGGAAGCAGAUGUUGACACUGUCAGUUACUGAAGAUGGAACGGGUUCACUUGAGCCAUUGUGGUUACAAAGGGGUAUUGAUGGCUGUUAGAAUUCCUGUGAUUGAUCACUGCCAGGACAGACAGAAGGAGAGCCGAAAAGCUGAAACUGUAGGAAACCAAGACUGAAAUCAGUCUGCCAAUUGUACAGGAACCUAAGGACUCAGGUUUUCUUUUUCUUUAAUUUUUCCCUCCAAGAUGAAAGACACAUCUUUCAGAAAAUUUAAGGCUGAUUGGAGAGAGCAGUUAAAAUGUUUUCUCUAAACACAUGGCCCAAGAGCCCUUUAAAUCUAUUAUUAAAGUAUUAAACUAUUAUGUAAAUCAUUUUAGAAAAAUCAGGUUAAAAAUUUAGUUCAAUAAUGUUGAAGAAGACGGGGUAGACACACAAAAGUGGAAGUCUCUGGAGAGUAGGGCAGGGGUGAGGCCUGCAAGUGAACCUCAGUCCCAGUAGCUUCAAAAUGUUAAUUAACUGGUAACUUGUUCAUGGAGAUUUGUCACAGAAUUUUUCAGUAUGUUAUUUUCCUUUUAGUGCUCUCUGGGAAUUUCACCCGCUACACUUUCCCAAAGUAUAGAAAUAAUCAUUAUAAUUAAAAUAUCUUAAUUGCCUUACUUUUCUUACUAUCCAUUGUACUUUUUUGUUUGUUUGAAAAAUAUUUUUAUGGUUUCAAGUAAUUGAUCAAUCUAGUGUUCUCUUGAAAACACAUAUGAGCCCAUAAAAUUGUCCCAAUCUUGUAGAGUUUCAAGAAAUGCUAAUUGAGUGUAAUUUACCAAUUCUGUUGUGUAAAUAAACAACGACCCCUUCUAGAAAAUGAUGGGUCAUCAGCAAUUCGCUUCCUUUUUAAGGAUUUUUGGACUACUAAAUUUUGACCUAAGAAUAACUCUUUUAGAAUGUAAGAUUCUUUAAUUAGUGUCUUUGGUAUACGCAUAAGAUGUGAACUUUUCUAAUAAUAUCUCUUUAUACUAAUAGAGAUGUACAUUUUUUCCUAUGCUGUGGCUCGGGUGAAAUUUAAUAACAAUGAUUUACACACUUGAUUUAAUUUCUUAGACUGUUUACAAUCUUGGGUAUUGUAUCUGAUUUAAAAAUACUAUUCCAUACAUUUUUCUGGGUAUACAAUAUAGGGAAGGGUUUUCAUGUAAAUUCUUUGUAUCGUUUUAAAGUGCACAUAUUAAAUGGGAAAACAUACGUUCAAUUUGUUUUCAUCAUUUAAAUCUAGAUAAGGUGAAAAGCUUUUAUAAAAAAAUACAUAGCAUGGCGAGCUUUUAUUUGUCACUUGAUUAAAUAAACUGCAAACUAAUAAUAGAAGUAUUAUCUUGCAACUUUGAAAUACAAAAAGAUUCAGAUUCAUUAGUUUUAUGAGCAAUUAUAUGUCAUCUUAAUUUUACAUGUCUGGAAAGAGAAAUGAACUAAUCUUAGCUAUGUUAACAUUCUUAAUUUACCAAAAGUAUGUAAUUCAUAACACUUUUGGCUUUACAAGCUGGUUAUAAAAAUCAUGUAUUUUUUGUUGUUUUUCAUGGGCUUGGAGGAAGGGACAUUUUCAUAUUUCCAGUCACUUCAAAAGCAGGUCUCAUAGCUAUGUGUUGAUGAUAUAAGAUGAUGGAGGACUUUGUAAUAAAAACAAAUAUCUUCAAUUUGUUUAAUAAAUAACUUAAUGUAAACUUAA